AUGGGUAUUCUCGACGGCACGACACCUUUGGCACAACUGCGAUAUCGCGACGACACAUUACCAACUGACACAUCGAUUGCACAGAAAAGGACGGAGGAGUCAGUGUUGGAAUGCUACGCGACCUAUGCACCUCACAACAUUCGACGCAAACCGUUGGAAAGCGUGCGCUUGGAACGGGAAAAUCAUAUCCCUUAUCUCAAACGAGGAUUGAACCACCUCAGCCGGUGGAUGGUCGUUCUUGAUGCCAGCAAACCUUGGCUAGUCUACUGGAUCUUACAUUCACUUGAGUUACUCGAAGCGGAUAUCACACCCGAUAUUGUGGAAAGGGGAAUUGCGUCCAUUCGUUCAUGGCAACACCCUGAAGGAGGUUUCAGUGGAGGUCCAAAUCAGCUUGCUCACCUUGCCACAACCUAUGCUGCUGUGAAUGCACUUGCCAUCCUUGGUACCAAUGAAGCCUACGAUGUGAUUGAUAGAGAAUCACUUUAUGCAUUCCUUCUUCGUAUGAAACAACCGGAUGGCUCCUUUACAAUGCACACUGGUGGCGAAACUGAUAUCCGCGGCUCCUAUUGUGCAUUGUCGGUGGCAGCUAUGACGAAUCUUCUUACUCCUGAGCUGACAAAAGGCUGUGCAGACUUUAUCAAGAGGUCACAAACAUACGAAGGUGGAAUUGGACCUUACCCAGGCAAAGAAGCUCAUAAUGGAUAUACCUUUUGUGGUCUCGCUGCAAUGGAAAUCCUUGGAGAGACACAUGUCCUGAACGUGGAUAAGCUUAUUAAAUGGUGUGUAUCACGACAAAUGGAGCUUGAAGGUGGUUUUCAAGGACGUACAAACAAGUUGGUCGAUGGAUGCUAUUCAUUUUGGGGCGCAGGUGACUUUCCAAUUCUUCAUGCUGAAGUCAACAGGCGGAAAACCCAACCUGGAAGCGACUACUUGCUUGAUAGAGACGCUUUACAAGAAUACAUUCUUAUUUGCUGCCAGUCCGAAUAUGGUGGAUUGAUUGACAAGCCUGGAAAGGGUGCUGAUUAUUACCAUACAUGCUAUUGUCUCUCUGGGUUAUCAACGGUUCAGCAUAUGGUCACCAUCGACAAUGAAAAGGCAGCAUUGAUUCGAGAGAGAGGCGUUGACUCUUCAAAGGGUGGUAUUGGUUCCUUGAUGUGGAAAUGCAACAACGAUCUUACCGUGUUUGGUGAUGUCGAAAAUUUACUGGCACCGACACACCCUAUACACAACAUCAGUGUGGCGAAAGCAAGAGCAAUCAUACGUUAUUUUUAUCGUGAUGAGCUGGCUGGCAUCGAAGACUUGCUACCCAUAGACGAGCCUCCCCAUGAGGACGAAGCAUAA